UUCAUGUUGUAAUAUACUCUCGCUAAAAUUUGUGCUAUUUGCUGACAAACCCCAUGUUUAUUGAAUAUGUGCUCGUGUUUUGUUUGUUUUCCGUUGUAACGUAGUGAAAAUCUUGUCUCAAUGUAUAAGUUAUGCGGCAAGUUCCUUUCAAAACCAAUGACAUUAGAUGAACUCGAUGUGCGUUUUGGCCAUUUUACUUGGCUUGCGUUGGUGAUUCGUACAUAGUCACGUGACCAAAGAGGUUUUUGGAUCAAUGGCGCCAAAUGAUUAUUACAGAAAAUGUGGCACCUCCUGUUGUUGUGUUAUGUCGAACUAAAAUGCCAUCAUGUAGAGAACGCUGUGACUUUCUAUACAAUGCUACUGCCUCGCUCCAAGUGUAAAGCAACAAGUGGGUCGUGAACAUGUAGCUUGUGAAUGCCUCCAGCAAGAUGUCGUUGAGAGGCACCAAGCGAGCUUCAGGGCCGCGCGGGGAGGAGGCCGGCGCGUCCAAGCGCCGCAGAACGGAGCCCGAGGACGCUCUCUGGCAACUCCGACCUGUCAGCGACCUCAAGAUGUCAUCCAUAUACAAUAGAAGUGCCUCCGAGGCACCUGCCGAACUAUUCAGGAAGGAUUUGAUCAGCGCCAUGAAGCUGCCAGAUUCUGAGCCGCUCACCGCCUCAGAGUACUGGGUGAUCACCGACACGUGGAAGCAAGACUGGGAGCGGGGCGUGCAAGUGCCCGUCAACCCGGACUCGCUCCCGGCGCCCAAGGUCCGGAUCACCGAGAACCCGAAACCGCCGGACUUCCAAGAGUUUAAGCUGCCUAAAGACAAGUACAUCCACUUGAGCCGCGACGCGACGUACGCUCCGGACAAGCACACGAUCACCAGCGCGCUCGCCCGCUCCGAGGCGGCGUGCUCCUACGACCUGGACGCCACCGACACCGCGUGGCUCAAGCUGCUCAACGCGGAGCGGGCGCGCGCCGGCGCCGGGCCCAUCUCCGAGGAUCAGCUUGAGAAGGUCAUCGAGGAGCUGGAGGUCCGGACGUGGGAUAAAAUUCAAGCCAUCAUGAAGUCGGAGGAGGGCCUGGGCAUAGAGUACGACGAGAACGUGAUCUGCGACGUGUGCCGCUCGCCCGACUCCGAGGAUGGCAACGAGAUGGUUUUCUGCGACUCUUGCAACAUCUGCGUCCACCAGGCCUGCUACGGCAUCACUGUCAUACCCGACGGUCAGUGGCUGUGCCGGCCGUGUGGCGACGGUGUGCGUCCCACUUGCGUGCUGUGCCCCAACCUCGGCGGCGCCAUGAAGUGCACGCCCACCGGCCACAAGUGGGCCCACGUCAGCUGCGUCCUCUGGAUCCCCGAAGUGUCUAUAGGUUGUGCUGAAAAAAUGGAACCGAUCACAAAAAUCUCCUCCAUACCGGCGUCGCGGUGGUCGCUCGUGUGUGUACUAUGUCGCGAACGAAAAGGUGCGUGCAUACAGUGUUCUGUAAAGACUUGUAAGACUGCUUAUCACGUUACUUGUGCAUUUAAACAUGGACUAGAAAUGCGUGCAAUAAUAGAGGACGAAAACGCGGAUGACGGUGUGAAGCUGCGCUCGUACUGUCAGAAGCAUAGUGUUAAUUCUAAGAAGGAGAAGUGUCCGGGCUCCGGUUCAGAAGAGGAGGAGGUGAAACGCAAGCGGCGCAAAGACAUGACGUCGGAGGAGAAAAAUCAGGCGCGAGCCGCGAGACUACAAGAGAUCGAAGGCGAGUUCGACAAACACGUGAGCGUCAAGGACGUGAGCACGCACCUGCUCGACGUCGAUCAGGACGCCAUCAACUACAUAUACAACUACUGGAAGAUGAAGCGGCGCGCCGGCCGCAACCGGCCGCUGCUGCCGCCCAAGUCGGACGACAGCGAGCUCCUCACGCAUCGCCAGGAACAGGCCGACCUCGACAAGAUGAAGAUGUUCGUGCAGCUCAGGCAGGACCUCGAGCGUGUACGGAACCUUUGCUACAUGGUCAGUCGCCGCGAGAAACUCUCGCGCUCAUUCUUCCGCAUGCGGGAACACUUUCACAAACAAGUUGCCGUUCUCUCCGCGGACCCUACCAUUAGCGGGCCCGACCUAGCCGCUAUUAUCGAGGCCAACCACGGCCCAUCUAUUUACGACAGGUUGUAUUCCCAUCCCAAUGCUCCCGACCAUAAGAACGAUUUCGAAGAAAUGUUAGCUCGUAUCGCUCCACCAGAGUCGGGCGAUGAAAAGAAAAAGGAUCGUAACGGCAUGGUUAAAGGCGCGAAAUCAUCAAAUCCGUAUAAGAAACAUUACGUAAAUGGGUCGCGGCGUAGCGGCAGCAUAUACAGCGGGUUAUCUAGUGAAGAGAGUGCCCCCGAAAUCUCACGAUCAACGCGAUUCCGCGGACGGGCGAUCGGCUCGAGCACGGACGACGAUAAGAAAGCGUCUGGAUCGCCAAAGAAAAAGAUAUCGCCCGGCAAAGGUAAAGGGAAAAGAUCGCCCAAGAAGAUCGAUAGGAAGAAGAAGAAGGUACCACAGUCCAAAGCGUUGGUUGAGAGUAGCAGCGAGGAUGAGGCGCUACAAUCGAGGAUAAAGAAAGACCGGUCACGUAGUAAAACGCUCCAACACCUCGAGAAGGAAAUGGCGGAGGCCGUGAAGUCAGGAGCUUCGGCCACCGACAGCGACGAGCUCAUGCCCAUCCGGAGCACCAGGCAACACAACAGCAAGUUUCCUGAUAAUAUUUAUUCUGACAGCAGUGAGGAGUCCUCUGGCAAAAUAGAUCUCAAAUCCGAUAAGGCCAAAACCGACAAGUCCAAACCAGACAAGUCUCCAGACAACGAUUCCCAACAACCCCUGCCCAGAACAAAGGCGGCCAUGAAAGAAUUCAUUCCAACCCAACCAGAAAAGAAGAGCCCUACUAAAACUGCCGAGAAACCAGCACCAAAGAAAAGAGGCAGAAAGCCAUCUAUCAAAGGGGAAAAGAAAACUACUCCGAUCAAAAGCAAUGAUUCUGAUGAUGAAGCAAAGAAUAAGGAAAAUAUUAAAUUCUCAAAACAAGCAACCAAGGAUCCUUCUGAUCUUAUUGUUCCGCAAAGACAGGCAGCCAAGAAAGCGUCUGAAAAUAUGCGGUCCACCACAGGUGGCAAGAAGGAAGAGGGAGUGGUUGAGAAACCAAGCAGCGGUGACGACACUAAACCGCCUAAACCAAAAAUACCCAUUAAGUCCAAAGGCAAAGAACCACCUAAAGAUAUCCCUGCCAAGGUUGGCCGCAAGAAGUCUUCGAAGGAUGUUGAAAAAGAAACUAUAGCGUACGUUCCUCAAAGGCAGGCUGCCAAGAAAGCGGCUGCGCAUAUCAAGGGUCUGGGCACGAAGGCGCCAGUCGCUGAAACAUCCGAUACCGAUAAGAAGAAAGAGGGUGAAAAGCCGGAGUCCGCGAAGCUCACUCCUAAGAAAGAAGACGGUAAGAGCUCGAAAACUCCCCAGAAGGAAAGCUCCAGUUCUUCGUCAAACUCUAGCAGUAGUAGUUAUUCCUCAUCGUCAAGCUCCGAGGAAGAAUCGGAGAAGCCCGGCCUCAAACCGACGGCCAAAGCGCGAGAAAUCAAACCCGCCAUUCGGCAGCCCUCCAUGUUCUCACCGCCGGGCUCUAGACCGACCGUGGACUUGCCCUUUCUCGACAAGGUGUCAAGACCAUUGUCUUCAACUAGUGCCUCGAGUGAUUCUGAAAGUUCUCAAGGGUCGCGAUUCUCCGGUUCCGGUAGCCCCUCUCCCAAGCGACCGCGCCGACGACGAAAGGGAAAGAGCCUCUCCACUGAUGCGUCCCCUCGCAAGGCCCCUGACAAGAAGCUUAAAACUUCCGAACGGGGGUCCGAGUGCAGGGUACCAUCACCGGCUCCUCAAGGAGAGGAACCGAGCCGAGCCGACGACGCGCGGGCCGCCACACGUGCUCGGACCAGAAGCAUUACUUCAAGCGGAAAUAUGCCUAAUAAGCCUGAUGCCCGACAGAGAAAACCAUCUAAAGACGACAACGGAUAUGCCUCUGGCUCCAAUAAAACUCCCAAAGAGGGCAGCCAGCCCCGUGAACUUCCAACUCCGGAGCGGAAAACGGACGAGGAGGUGAAGCCCGAAAUCAAAGACGAACCCCUCGCCGAAGCGAAACCCGUCAGGGGCUCCCCGCCCAAGCCCAGGACUCGCGUCUCCGUCGACGACAAGGACAAGAUCAAGUCGCCGGUCGCGGACCCGGCCGCGACCAAACCCAGUCCGAGGAAGAGCGCAGACUUGAAACAUAAGACUAUUCCGAACAGACGUAUGAGUGUUAAAGAGGUGUGCAAGGAUGUGACGGUACAUGAACCUCCACGCGAGUCGGCCAAGAAAAAGAUACUGAGCAGGCAUGACGAUGAAAACGCGAUCGAAGACCGAACCCCCAGUAGUCGCUCCCCGCAAAAGAAAGCAGAAAUUGUCGAAAAUACCAAAACGGCUGACAAAAAGAGUCCAAGGACAUUAAACGAGUUCCAUGCUAAUGACAGGUAUGCAGAGAAUGAAAAACACUGGCUCGAUAAAGCUCCAGCCAGCCCCCUACCGCCGCCUGUAGAGAAACUGAUAAGUGAUAAGUACAUGACUGAAGAUAAGCUGCUCGACUCUGAUGCGGCUGACAAGAACAGUAUAAAAAUGAUUGCAAAAAUACAAGCUAACUUGAACGAAAACAUGAUGAUCAAGUCACCAAAGACUCCUAUGGAUGCGCGAACGUUUAACAUAGAACCUAUAGACGUGGAUAACCCGAUACCACGGAACAUGAGGAAGCGCUCCACUUUGGAGGAAAAGAAGUUUAUAGCGCAAGACGCCAGCCACGUACAGGGCGUCGAGAUCUCCAAGAGUGCUAAGAUACCGUCGGUCAACCCCUGUCGCUCCAUGUUCUCUCCGCAAGGCAAAGACAACGAGCUGGACCGGUUCGAAUUUGAAAUGUUGGCCAUCGACGACGGCUUCAAUAACGACGAGAUGAUCAAACCUUUUACUUACCCAGAGUUUAUAUUCAAGGAGGAAAAGGAGCAAGGCGUUCAGGAAACUCGGAAUCUAGUCGAUAGGCUGCGAAUGCAACUGAGCAGCAAGAAAGCCGAGGCUCAAGACGAACAGCCGCUUCACGAUGAAAAAGAAGUCAGAGAUGACGACACCAGGAGCCCGCAUAAAGGUCCCGAAACUCCGCCGCCUAACAAAAACGCGGCCAUCGAUAUCCACGAACAUAAGCUGCCGUCGAAUGAUCUACCACCGGUCAACCACGCGCCGCAUCCGGACGAGCUCUCGCACAGAAAUAGCAUACAUGACAACAAAGACUGCCAACCCAUUCCCAUGACAAGCAAUGAAAAAUGGCGCAACUUGCCCUUGCAUCACAACGAAGUCGAGCUACCUAACGAUAGAAAAUACGACCGGUACAACGAAGACUCGAAAGAGCCGGCCACCGUUCAGUCCGACGUUCAAUCCGUUUCUGAGGUGGGCGACAAUGUAUCACUUUCCAAACAAAGCGAUGAUUCGCAAUCACUCUCCGUCGUCGAUCAUUCUGUGGCGAGCAACGACACGAUGGCCCUGGUCCAUGAUAAUUAUGAUAACAACAACUCGCAACUUCACUCCGACUGCGCCACCAUCUCAUCGCCAUAUGUGAGCCAAGAGAAAUGGAGGGAGGGAGGGAAAAUAAUCUCGAGGCGGUCGUCCGCUUCGAGCACGUCGUCUGAAGGAUCGAUUUGCUCGCAGAAACCAGAGGACUUGAAACACUUGAAUAGCUGCGAUGCCCAUAUCGCAAGUCAUAUGCUGCCAGAGCUCGAGCGAUACCCGCCUUUACCAGCAUACGGGUGCCCCGUAGAGCCUGCCAUGCCGUUGAAUCAGUAUUCGUCAUACCCACAAGACGCGUCACCAUUCCUCAGUUCCAUGGGUUCCCUGCCGUUGUUCGGUGCCGGGGCUUGUGCUUCUGCUCAACUCACUUUACCCUCACCUGGGCCCGGUCUCUACCCGCCUCCUGGCCUCUCCUAUGCCAGCACUCCUCUCAUGCAAUCUUUAUCCAAACCGGCGUUCCCGACACUAUGCGCAGCGUUCACAUCUUCGUCGCAAAAUAUCGCCCUGACUACAGCUAUGAUCGCACCGCCGACGCCCAAGCCUCUCGACUCGCCUCGCGACGACUCCGAGCCGGUCGACCCGCGGUCCACGAGCCCUAGCAGUAUACACGUCGUUACGAGUCCUAGUGCGGACUCGACCGAGACAACCAGCAAACCUCCAGCUAAAUUAUCCAACGAUAGCAACGAGACCAUGCUCAGUCUCCAUGCGCAGGAAUCUAAAUCCCCCAUUCCACCGAAAGCUCCGAGGUCUAACAAGUUCUCAGGGAAGUCUCCGGGCAAAAGUCCCAUAUCACCCAAACAGAGUGAAGCGCCCAAAGGUAACAAACGAGCGAGCAACAAAAGCAAUCGAAGCCAGAGAGGCCGAGGACGAUCAAAGAGCCGCGGGCAGGGCGCGCCCGGUUACGAUUACUCUGGCAACUCUAUACAGAGCAAGCUCGUCGGCACAGUCUACGACUUCGACGAAGAGAUUGCGAAUGACGGCGUAGAUCUCAAAGCGUUACGGGAAAGGCGAAAAUCAAUCGACGUAAGGGAUGACAGAAAGUCCGAGGCUUCUUACAAGGACGCUUCACAGUCGCCUCAGGUGUCGAGUCCACAGACGGCAAAGAAGACACCUACCGCCGAGGAGAAGGGCGCGAAACGGCCGACGCCCGAGCCGCCCGACCCGCCGCGCUCACCCGGCCUCAAGCCCGCGGAGCGCGGGCCCGGCUUCUCGCAGGUGCACCCCGUGCUGCCCGGCCCUGUCGACAUGCGCACCUACAACCCCUCGUUCGAGGGCGCCGCGCCGCCCGUCGCCGACGCCUACCACAGCCACUUGUUGGCCUUCGCCAGCGGCACCGCCGACCAGCAGCUGCCCGACAUAGAUGAAGACCUCGAGAAGCAGCUGCACUCGGAGCUCAUGGCCAGCAAGCCGCGCCCGGGCUCUCCCGCGCCGGCUCAACUGGCACAGCCCGCGAAAGAUACCUACACGCCGAACUUGCCCAAAGUGUCGCUAUCGGACUCCAGAAACCAACUCAAAGUGAAAAUCAAAGGACCUUUCCUGGACGCGAAUUACUCGAGUUCGGUGACGCCGGUGGCCCCGCAGCCGCCGCCGCCCGCACUCGACCCCGGCGUCGGCAUGGCGGCGGCCGGCGGGCCGUCUUCCAUGAUGACCGGCUCCACUAAUCUACGGCGCAUGCGGAAGAAGGAGCUGCUCCGGCAGUACUGGACGCAGGAUAUGAACAUGGACGACCCGGCGGCGGGCGUGUCGCUGGUGGCCGUGCCGCCGCCGGCCGCGCCGCCUCCCAUCGCCCGCGCGGUCAUCACCAUUCCCAAAGCCGUCGCUUCCAUGACCAGCAUACCCACACGGGACGAUUACAAGUCCGACGCACCCGUCGAAAAGAAGAAGAGAAAGACCACGAGCGGUCUCUCGAGGGAGCUGCGACACUUGGAAGUGAGUAUGAACGACGACGUGGAUCCCUCAGACGACACUAAACUAUCGACUCUGGCCGGGCCUGCGGUUUCAACGCCAGCGCACAAGCGGCGCGGCCGUGUCACCAAGCCGCCGCGGCCCGCCAGCUCGCCGGUAGCCCCCAAAAUCAAAAUAAAGAUCGGCUCCAACAUCGUCCAGCAAGUGGAGGAACCCGUUGGCUUUCAGUUUCGGCCGCCCAAGAAGCGAUUGCACACAUCCGUCCCCGUCACGCCCAGUUUCGAGGAUCUGCGCCGCGAGAGCAUGAAGUACCGCCGCAUGGUCAUGGCCGACUUCGAGGAGAACGAGAAAACGAAAAAAGUGAAACCCAGCAAAGCCGAGAAGAGGAAGCGCAAAAGGGACAAAAAAUCGGAAAAAGAGAAGUUACAAGUCGUGAACAGUGAGAGUGAAAGUGGUGCAAAGUUGAUAAUAAAGAUAAAGCGUACUAAAGAGGAGGAAGCGGCGGCGAGCGGCGCGGCGGCGGCGGCGGCGGCCGCGCCCGAGCCGCCCGUGGACCCGUUCGAGUAUGACCCUACCGCCCCGGACCCGCUCGCCAUCGACCCGCCCUCGGAAACUUCCUCCGGUAUGCGCAGUAAAAUACGGACCGCUAAAGUGACGCCUAUUCGGUUAAAACUGGCGCGGAGCGCGCAGGGCUCGGGCUACGUGAUGAAGGACGUGGAGGGCGCGCCGGCGGGAGCGGACGCCGCGCCCGCGCCCUCUGCCGCGUCCCAGCCCGCGCCCUCUCCCGCGCCCACGCCUGCGACGCCGGCCGCCGCGCAGCCGCUGUCGCUGACUGUCAAUAAACACUGUGAAGUGAGGUGAUAUAAAAAAAAAUACGCGCGUUAAUAAACAGUGAUAGCGACAUAUACUCUUGCGCGAGUUUCUGUACAGAAAAUUUUAACUAUAGUGUCUGUAUAUUUUUAAAUAUUAUGUCUUCUUUAUAACUAUUUAUUUGUAUAAAUGGAAAGCUCAAUGAUUAACUUAAAGUUACUCUAAGAUUUAUAAUAGUUUUGUGCAUUAUGUGAUGCACAAGUAAAUCUUAAUAUAGUACAUAGCUUCUAUAUUUUUGUUAAUGUUACUGUUUUACUUUGUGCCUCUUACGGAAUCUCAUUAAUUUUGUCAUAUGUGUAAUUAAUUAUAUUGAAAUUAGGUAUUACAUAUAUUUUUCAAAAUUGCAUAGUUAUCACAAAUACACAUCACACGGUUAUUGAGUCUAUCUACGUUUAUUAAUAUGGCUGAUGUGAUUGACUUUUCACUCAAAAUUUUAUUUAUUAAAAGCAUAAACACAUUGUAUGAUUAACAAUCUUAUUUAUUACAGAACAGUAAUGUAGUUCGAUUUCCGAAAGAGCCAAAGUAAAUCGUUAUGUAGGUGCUACAACUCGGGUUUCAUUUGAUCAUGUACCGGCCUAACUGUUACUCGUGUCAUUUACCUUUAUAUAUCCGCUGUAUUCAUGCCAUCCGGGUACAAAGUCAGAACAUGACUAAAGUCUUGGUGGAUAGCACUCUCACAAAAUAAAUAAAUGAAAAGAAUAUUAAAAUCAUUAAUCAUUAUUAUAAAUAAUUUAGUAAUCAUUUCAGGACGCUUAUUAUUAACGAUGUUGUAAACAGAAAUCGACUAGAUAAAUUUUAACUAUGAUUCCUUGUCUGUGAGCACCUUCAAAGUUAGCAUGGACCAUUUUCAUUGCGUUCCUCUUCAAAAGAGAAUCGGUACUGUAGGUUAUUACCAUCCUUUUGCACUGUAUUUUAUAUAAUAAAUGGUAAACCCGGAGACUGAUAACUGAACGUAUUUUAAAUACUUUUUAAAUAAUGUAUUUUAUGUUAAAUAAAAUUAAUUUUACGUAUUUAUUAUUACUAUUUAACUGUACGCAAAUCAAAUCUCAGAAUAAUAAGAUUUUUUAAACUGUCCGCGUUUGAUCAUUUUAUAAAUAAUCAUUAUUUGGAAUAAGAAUAUUAAUUUUUACACAUGAAUCGUAUUUAUUAGUAUAUAAUUUUAAUUAUAGUCAAGUGGUUAGCCAAUCUCAUCGCCAGCCUUUAUUUAUUUAUUUGUAUAGCUCACAUGUUUUACAUCGUCUCUCCAACUAACACGUAGGCCCGGUUUUCACCAAAGAAUAAAAAAGAAGUUACUCUUUGAAUGCGGGCAUUAUUGAAACUCGGUUCUAUAAAACAAAAGAAACUGGCUCACUAUUACAUUGUCAUUUAGAAUCAAUUUGUAUAAUAAGUGUAUGAAGGGCAGUCGAUGAUUGCAAUACUUGGCUCGAAGGGUGCAGGCACCGAGCACUAGUAAAGUGUUGCGCUGGGAGCUACACUGGACCGCCGUACGUCGACUGCAGUAUAAUCGCGACCUAAGACGCGCGUCAAGAAUAAACUAGCUACUACAGUCAUAUCGAGUGUUGUGUGAUUCAAACUCGUAUUGUUAGAUGACGUCGUACGACUCAACCUCGUAUCACAGAUCAAUCUGCAUGCCGAGUUUGAGUGGUAUAGCCGGAUAUAAUUAUACUAGGUUUGGUCACACAAGACAGCGCAGCGAUGUGUUGCUUUGUAAAAGUGAGCCAGCUUCCCGUUGGACGCUCGGUGCGGUUCCGUUGAACAAUGAGAGCAGUCAGAUUUCAUUAGUUGAAAUGCUAGGCGCCGGAUGGUAAGGGACCUUAAAUCUGGAGUAGCCUCUCUGUCACAUAAAGACAAUUUUCAUGUGAGAUAUGUUUGUGUGUUAAUGCGCGUGUAAAUGACAAAUUCCUUUGCAUGUGUGAGUAAUCUAUUGCAUUUGUUAUUUCUUCACGUCCCCGCAAACUCCAGUUGAUAUUUUGGUUCACAAAUAUGACAAGCUACUCCAGUUGGGUGAUCUAAGUCGGGAACUCACCUCGCGAUUUGUUAACGGUUUAGCUGGGAGCUUUUCUUCAGUGCUCGCUUAUAGUGUGCAAGUGCUAACACGCAGUAAUGUAACUGUCGGAUUUCAACCUUUUAUUCACCUUUAUACAAUUUACAAUAUUGUUAGCACUUAUUAGUUUCGGCUAGCACUCAUUCUUAUACAUAAAAUCAUUAAUAGCCGGGUCCACACUACACACUGGCCGCACGCCUCGCGAGGAAAACGUCUGUGCUCACGUUUGCCCCGCCCGAGCAAAUUCGCUCGCCAAGAUGGCGGCCCUCUGCCAGCUGUUCAAAAUAGUUCUCCUCGUGAGGCGUGCGGCUAGUUUAGACCCGGCUAAUGUUUUUAUUUUCAAAUAAUCGGUAUUGUGAAUUUGACUGAUCAGUAUGUAGGUUUGGUUCGAUGUGUCUUGAGCAGGUUUUGUGCAAUAUUCGGCAAUACUCAAUCGCAUAGUCAACGUUGUAUGCCUGUGACUCGUGAUAGGUUAAGGACUCGUAUCGUUAAGUGUUUGCCAGUUUUAUCGUGUUUCGGAGAGAAUCGGCGAAAAUAACCUAUAACCACAGUUUAAAUUUUGAAAAACCCCCGACAAAGUGGACCGAUUUCCACCAAACAUGGCUAAGAACACUCCCGACCAAUUCAGCCCUCAAACAAAAAACAAUCUAAAUCUAAAUCGGUUCAUCCGUUCGGGAGCUACGAUGCCACAGACAGACAGAGUUUAAAAUAGAAUCCGACCAUAAUGUGACAAUUUUAUAAAUCUUCAAAAUGUUUAUGAAAAUAAAUGCUUACAAUGAAAUCUUAUUUUUUUUACAUUUUCCUUCAUAUUUUUUUUCUCCACUACAAACAAAUUUUAAAAUAGUUUUGAUAUGACUUAUGUUCAAUUUGAGUUCUUUUUAACGAUACCGGGACAUGACCUAGUAACUUGACAUUUACAGUUUGCCCCCCUUUCAUUUGGCCAGUUUCUAUAAUUAAUAUUAAUUAAUUAAAAAAAAAGACUUCGCUCGUGGUUCGAGAAUAUAAUUCUGAACUUUACUUUCAACACAGAAGUAAAAUACAUUUGCACCCAUGUGUAAAACAAAACUUUUCGCCUCUUUUAUAAUCACCAGUGAUCGGAACUAUGGAAACAAAACUUUAACAAAACUUGCUAAGUGGAUAUAUUAGAGUGCUUACACCCCUGAAAAUAUUAAUAUCCUUAUAUUAAAGUAUUGUAAUCUUGGAUUCAGGUAUAGAAUCAAAUUUAACACUGAUCUGAAAAUAAUAAUCUUGUUUUUUUAAGGCAGCUCUAAGGUUUUGUUAAAGUUUUGCUCCCAUAGUUCUGAUCACUGAUAAUCACGCAAAACCGUCUGCGAACUGUUUUUCAUUUAGGUGAAGGUUAAAAAUUUAUAAAGCGUAACUUUGUUAAACCGUUUUUUAUAAGAAUGUAGUUCUGUAUAUGAUUACAACAUUGAUAUUCUCUCCGAAAUACUAUAGGACUGGUAGUUUCGUUGUAUAAGAGUAAGCGGUUAUUGCUACAGUGUGUCUGCGUUGAUGCCUAGGUGUACAUUUCUUUCGGUAUAGUUUCGUAUCUGUAUCAUUUACGUCCUAAGGCACCUUCCUAAUUUAUUAUUACGCGUUGGUUUAUAUUUAUAAGAAUCUCUGACACCAAAAUUAUAAUACAUCCGAAAUUCGUUAAAGCGUCACAAAGUAAUUUUUUCGAUGGGUUUAAAGGGUCCAGUAUUUCUGUGCACAUUUUUUCAUUCAUGUCUAGAAUAACGCUUUACGAAUAUCUUGUUUAUGAGAAGGAACAUUAACUACCGCGGGUUUGACACUGACGUUUUCGCAAGCGUUUGGUGACCCUGCCUGCUAUGCCGCGGUCCCG